GAUGUGUAUGAUUUGAUAUGCGGUUUAAUGCCUUCAUAGCUCAUUCAUUAGGUCGUCUUCCUGCCAGUUAAGGGAGGACAAUAAAAUAAGCAACUCUGGGUACUUAGAUUCCUUUUCAUUUAUAAAUUCUUUUUUUUUGAGUAAAGUGUUCAAAGUAUUUUUUUUAAAUCGAUCCAAUAUUUUGUUUAGAUAUUUUUUGUUUUUUUCUUAUUAAACCUUAAAGGAGCUGUGGUCUUAUUUGGAUUUACAUCUGUUCCUUUAAUAGCUAUGUGAGUUAUCUAAAAAAAGGAACUUGCGCAUUUUGGAUUUAUUGUUUAGAACAAGAUUUAAAGAAUACCAAUUUUAAUCGAGCACGGCACAGUUUAAAUGGAGAAAAGCUUGAAAUUACAAACACAACUCCUUUAACAUGCUCAUCACGUUAAACUAAAGUAAACUGUAGGUGAGAUUGAAAUCUAAUCUGCUUUUAAUCAAAACUCUCCCAAUUAAAACUCUCCCAACUGCAAAGAACUGUUGAACAGAACAAAACUGUUUUGAAUUUCUUAUCUGUAAACAGACAAAUUUGCCUUUCUCAAACUUGUGGAUAAAAUCAGAACUAGAGGAGCUGCGAGGUCACAAAGUUGGACCAAUAUAAUGUCAGAUAAAUUUCACUUUCUCUAAAUAUUUCUUUUAAUAUUUGUAUUUCAGAAUGGAAUUUACCAAGAUUAUAAACUUUUGUUUGGUUUGCACUAUAAUGCUUUUAUCUGGUUUAUCUUAUACCCUACUAACACCUAUGUUUCCAUCAGAGGGUUUAGCAAGGCAGGUGUCUGUAUCCCAAACAGGACUUGUCAUGGGAUCAGCAUUCAUUACUUCUUUGCUCAGCACCCCGUGUUCAAGUAAAUUGGUUUCAAUGUAUGGAGCAAAAUCUGUUUUUGUAUUUGCUGCCUUCAUUGCUGGAAUCUCCAACAUUCUGUUUGGGUUUUUGAGUUAUACAGAGAGCCCAGUUUUGUUCUUCUGGGUUUCUCUAAUCUUGAGAAUGAUUUGUGCAGUGGGAGAAUCUUUAGUUUCCAGCACAGCAUUCACUUUAGGCUCCUCACAGUUCUCAGAAAUGCAUCAGGGAAAAUCCAUUUCAAUCCUUGAGUCAUGUUUUGGUGCUGGAAUGGCAGCUGGACCAUCUCUUGGAGGUCUCUUCUAUAAUUAUUGGGGAUUUUCUAUGCCAUUCUGGACCCUUGGUGGUUUAACUGUGUUGUUAACUGUGUUCUCUGGUAUGGUAGUCCCCACUUCCAAAGACUCUGCUUCUACGGAGACCAUGAAAUGUAGCACAUUCUCCUCCUGGAAAGAGCUUGUCUGUUGUCCCCAUAUGAUUUCAAGCAUAGCUUUGUUUUUGAUUUGCGGCAAUUCUAACACCUUGUACUCGGCCUCAUUGGAACCUUACUUGAUGCAGAAGUUUGGUUUGAAUCCUGGAGAAGUUGGAUUAGUUUUCAUGGGGUUUCCAAUAGCAUAUACUAUUAUGAACCCAAUCGUAGGAGUUCUCUUAGACUCUGGAAUUUCACCACUGAAAACAAUGCUAAUGGGAAAUAUAGUGAUUGCUAUGGCUAUGCUAAUGCUAGGAAUACAAGGUCCUCUCCAUGGAUUGGAACAUUUUGUAUCAGUUCCUCAAAUAAUUGUCCUAAUAACUGUGCAAGGUUUGGGUACAGCCUGUGUUAGUAUGGGAUUAUUUGCUCACAUGCUCUUCUGGACUUCAGAACUUCCUAAAACUGAACACACAAAGGUUAGUAUGGGAUUAUUUGCUCACAUGCUCUUCUGGACUUCAGAACUUCCUCAAACUGAACACACAAAGACUGUUGUAAGCAGUAUAUGGUUAAUGUGUUGGGAGCUGAGUGGGUUAGCUUGUACUACUUUUGGAAGCUAUUCCUAUGAUCUGGUUGGAUUUGAAUGGUCCUGUUUUGUAGAAGGCAUUGUGUUAUUCCUACCGGUUUGCUGGAUGUUUGGCAAUCUAAUAUCCUCAAGUUCAGAAAGAGAAAAACUUCUAAAAUAGAAGUGGAAAGUUUGUCAUCAAAGAAUAAAUUUUGUAAGAUGUA